GAUUCAUCUUCGUUCUAAUAUCGAAGACCCGAAUACACGGAUUGAACCAAACUGAUUCAGAUCACCGUCACCCUACAAGACCACAACUCCCCUGCUGAAUUAAGUCAACCCCCUAACAGAAAUAACUAACUUUUCACAGUCCCUCCCGCCUGAAACCGAAACCCCAAUGGCCCCACAACCCCAACCGCUUCUCAACCGCCUAACAACCUUGGACAACCACUUCUCCCUCACUCUCUACACUCUAUUCCACCCAAUUCUCCCUCACUCCCUCCUCAAACUUCUCGAAUUUUCGGGCGAUGGCCGCCUAUUCUUCCCCCUUAUCCUCUCCACUCUAGCCCUCAUUGCCCGCUCCCACCCCCUCUACCCUCUCCUCGGUAGUCUUCUCAUCGGAUCGCUUCUCGAUCUGCUGAUGAUUGGCCUGAUCAAGCACAUCGUGAGGCGGCCGAGGCCGUCUUACAAUGAGAAUAUGUCUCUGGUGUUUAGUGUUGAUCAUUGGUCUUUUCCGAGUGGACACAGCUCACGUGUUUGUUUUAUUGCCGGCUUGCUCUGGCUGUCGGAUCUGGGAAUUGGGGAUUUUUUCGGGGAUGUUGAGGGUUGGAGGUUUGGGGUUUGUGUUUGGGCGGGUGUUACAUCGGUUUCCAGGGUGUUGCUUGGGCGGCAUUAUGUGUUUGAUGUGGUUGUUGGGGCCUCUAUAGGGGUUUUUAACGCGUUGAUUGUGUUUUAUUAUCUCAAUUACGAGAAUUUGGCUUCGAUUUGGGCUGAUCAGUUUGGAAUCUUUUUUAUGCUAUGUGUUCCUCCUGUUUUAUGCUGGGGAGCUCAAGGCCAUUUUGCAGUUUGCAAAAUAGCUCAGGGAUUCCUUACUGAAAACGCAGUGAAUGCAGUGCAAGCAUUGCUACCUGAUCAUGCUGAUGGUGAGCUUGCAGCUGUCUGCUCCUGGCCUAAUGAGUUUCGCAAACUUAUGCCCUGGAACACCGCAUUACAUUUUGUGAAUAAACCUGAUUCCAGUUGUAACUACGAAUAUUGUAGAGAUUGCCCCGAUAAGGCUGGAAAUAUAGACUGGUGUGUAGCUGGAGCAAUUUACAACUAUACAGAUCAACUUCAAUUGAGUUUUCACAAAUUGAGUACAGAGAUGAACUACAACUUGACGGAGGCACUUAUGUACGUAUCUCAUUUCUUUGGUAACGUUCAUCAGGUUGAUUUUAUGAACGCUGGCUUCCUUGGAGAUGCAGGAGGAAACACUAUUAUAGUCCGCUGGUAUCAGAAUGAAACCAAUUUGCAUCGCAUAAGUGUAUGGGAUGAUAAGAUCAUAGAAUCCUCCCUGCAGAAAUUCUACAAUACAGAUCUUUCUAGCUUAAUACAAGCUAUCCAGAUAAAAAUUGCGGGUGUCUGGUUCACUGACAGCUUAUCUUGGAGAAAUUGCACCCCUGAUCAUGUGGCUUGUCCUAACCAGUAUGCUUCUGAAUCUGAAAGCAGUAAGUUGGCCUGCAAGUUUGCCUAUAAAGAUGUCACGCAGGGAGCCACUUUAGGAGAUGAUUACUUCCUUUCCUGGUUGCCUGUAGUGGAAAAGAGGCUAGCGCAGGCUGGAGUCCGUUUGGCUGCUAGGCUUAACCAAAUCUUCAGUCCACAACUCCACCAAUCUCACAAAAUCAAAUGCGCAGGAACUUCUACCUACUCUGUUUGAUUCUAUUUUAGGCAAGUUUUCGAUGAAGGGAGUAAACUGUCCACUCCAUUGUCGUCUCAUGACUAUCAUGUAUUCGAUGUCUUGACACUACAGAGUAAUCUCUUCCAGAGCUGUAGCUGAUUUUCAUUCGAACGGAAGCAUUUCACAUUAGUAUCUUA